CCGUCCUACCGCAUGACCUUCUUUCGUGAACAAUCUAGACCUGGUAUUUCUGGUUCCACACCCACAGAAUAACAACGUUGUGUUAACUGUAUUAUUUAUAUCGCGGGUUUUUACAGCGGGGAGGUUUUUGUAAAUAUGUGCACAUAUAAUCGUUGUCGCUGAGAGAUUUCGUGACUGAGGUGAAGCAAAAUGACAUCUGCUGUACCCAUGUACAGCAUAGAACCAGUGUACCUGGCGACCUUCCUUUGUACCAUUGUGGUCUGCCUCUGCAUCUUCAAGUUCAUUGGUCCCUGGAUAAUGAGAAGGGUGACAAAGAAGUAUGACACCCUGUCCUACAUAAAAAGAGUGGAAGUGAACGAAACAAUGAUGGCACUGGCACACUCGGCAGUUGUUGGCGUGGCUUCCUGGUACGUGUACUUUACACAGGACGACAUCAAACCCACACUUACCAGGUACAAUUCUCCUCCUGUGUUGUUCAUCGACUCCAUCUUCUUCGGGUUCAGUGUCUCUGACUUGGUCUUGCUGGUCAUCUAUCGUGUUUUCGGGCUGCCUUUUGUCCUACAUCACAUGAUGGCUGCAUUUAAUGGAUACGUUGUCUUGGCGUACCGCUCCAUGCCUUACUACUGUCUGACAGGAAUGAUGAUGGAACUGUCUGGUCCAUGUACUAACAUGAGGUUCCUACUGAAAGUUCUCGACGUAGACCAGACGUCAACGCUUUACGUCAGAAACAGCGUCGCCAUGUUGGUGUCCUUCAUUGCUUUCCGGAUAACGGCAAAUGGCAUUAACCUCUAUAACCUGUUCUGGCUUGCCUUUACGGACGACUUUUAUCAGUUGACUUUGGCUGAGUAUGUCAGUUUUGUUGGCGGCCUCCUCGUGUUUUCAGUACUGAACUGUUACUGGUUGAGAAAGAUGAUCAAAGGAGCCAUCAGACUUUUGCAUGGGCAGAAGAAAUAUGACCCAACUUUCUUCUAAAACAUAUUUGGUAUUAAUUGGAGUACAUGUAUAAUUUUGUAUGGUCAUAGUAUUUUUUGUAGAAUUGAUUUAUUUUGUAAAAUGUCAUGCGUAUAAGUGUGAUUUCUUCUUUGUGAAAAUUGAUUUGAUUUUCUUAGAUUUUUUAGAAUUGAUUUGUAAAGUGUCAUGCACACGGCACUUUGUGUGAUCUCUUGUUUGGGAAUUUUUUAUUUGAUUAUCUUGAUUUCCAAAGAAACUUAUUAUAAUGACAUUAGUGAACUAUAUCAAAAGUGAUUUAUAUUUAAAGUGUACUUACCUCGGAUUUAUGCUGCUAGAUUUGUUACUAAAUCCACAAGAAUAAGUGACCAGGCCAGUUGCUGCAGAGAUUAUAUGUAUUUAGCAUAUAAAAUAUAUAUCUCAUACACUUGGAUUCAAGUUCGUGUUGUUCAACAUUUCAUGCACUGUGUAACUGCCUAGUGGCACAUAAGGCAAUAAGCAUUCAAACAUUCCUUGCUGUUUCUGUUGCAGGGUAUACACAUGUGUAUUUUUACAUGGAGGGGUUGCUAGCCCUUUGAGGUACAAAAUUUACAUGUGCAUGUUCCACAAACAAGGCAACCCUAGUUUAUGUCCAGACAGAGAAAAUUCAAGGUAGUGUUCCAACUGAGAUGCCCUACCCAGGACUUGAACUACUGUUACAGUAUUACUGUAGGUAUAAUGCACCAGUUACCAACUGUAAUAUAUUUAAGAACAAAUGUUGAAUGGUCACCUAGUAAGGUAAUAUUAAUAAUAAUGAUAUCCCAUCUUUAGUCUGCAUAUAUCAUUGAGAAUGAAGAGAAGUUGGAGGUUUCUGAUGCAGUGUUGACAAAAAGUCUAUCACGUUAUAGUGAUUUAAGUCUGCAUCUCAAUGUUCAUAAUACUAUGGAUUGCAACUGAAGUCACAUGUAAAGUUGGUCCAGGCUUAAACGGGGUCAAGUGGCCAGACAACAUUGUUGACAAAACCUCACCGUGUCCUUGGUUAUAGAAUUGAUGUAAAAAUAAACAAUUCAUCCGCCAGGCUAAGCAACUA